AUGUCACAUUUUCACGAUCCUUCUUCAUCUGCUGAUCCAAAUCUCUACCGCAUCGCGCACGUUAAAUUCGACUGGACUGUUAAUUUUGACACAAAAACAGUUGAUGGGAGUGCAGUUCUAACCGUGAAAAAGGUUUCACAUGAUAAAGUAAAUCCACCACUGAUUUUAGAUUGCAACGAAUUGUCAAUUCAUUCAGUUAAAAUUCAAGGCCACGAUGCCAAGUGGUCGGUUGCCCCACAUAAGCACUCCGUACUGGGGUCUCUGUUGGAUAUUACCGUGCCAAUCUCCGAACCACAGUUUGAUGUAGAAAUAAGCUACAGAACGUCACCAAAUUCGUCUGCACUUCAAUGGCUGGAACCCGAAUUGACCGCCGAUCGAAAACUUCCGUUUAUGUUUAGUCAAUGUCAGGCAAUCCAUGCACGCAGCUUGUUCCCGUGCCAAGACACUCCAUCGGUGAAGGCCACAUUUGAAGCUGUGGUUCAUGCACCUAAAGAUGCUGUCGUGGUCAUGGGUGGUGUACGGACCAAACAACCGUCUGUGUCCGAUCGUGGAGAUCAGUGGAUGGUUUACCACUACGAGCAAACAAUUCCCAUCCCCAGCUACUUGGUCACCAUAGCUUGCGGUGAUCUAGCUUCUGAGUGA